UUGCAGCUGCAGCAUACACCACCUGUCUUUCCAGUUAACACGUUUUAAGAUCUCUGCUACAUUCAACCAUGUGUGACGACGAAGAGACCACUGCUUUGGUCUGCGACAACGGCUCAGGCUUGGUAAAGGCUGGAUUUGCAGGAGAUGAUGCACCCAGAGCUGUAUUCCCAUCCAUUGUGGGUCGCCCCCGCCACCAAGGUGUCAUGGUGGGCAUGGGACAGAAGGACUCCUAUGUUGGUGAUGAGGCCCAGAGCAAAAGAGGCAUUCUCACUCUGAAGUAUCCCAUUGAGCACGGCAUCAUCACUAACUGGGAUGACAUGGAGAAAAUCUGGCACCACACAUUUUACAAUGAGCUCCGUGUGGCUCCAGAAGAGCAUCCCACUUUGCUUACUGAAGCUCCACUAAACCCAAAAGCAAACAGAGAAAAGAUGACACAAAUCAUGUUUGAGACCUUCAACGUUCCUGCAAUGUAUGUCGCUAUCCAGGCUGUCCUGUCUCUGUAUGCCUCCGGUCGUACAACUGGUAUUGUGCUGGACUCUGGAGAUGGUGUCACACACAAUGUCCCCAUCUAUGAAGGCUACGCUCUUCCCCAUGCCAUUAUGCGUCUAGAUCUGGCUGGUCGUGAUCUGACAGACUAUCUUAUGAAGAUCCUUACAGAGCGUGGGUAUUCCUUUGUGACAACAGCUGAAAGGGAAAUUGUUCGGGACAUCAAAGAAAAGCUGUGCUAUGUAGCUUUGGACUUUGAAAAUGAAAUGGCCACAGCUGCAUCAUCCUCUUCCCUAGAAAAGAGCUAUGAGCUGCCUGAUGGUCAAGUCAUUACCAUUGGCAAUGAACGUUUCCGAUGCCCUGAGACCAUGUUCCAGCCAUCCUUCAUUGGUAUGGAAUCUGCAGGUAUUCAUGAGACAACCUACAACAGCAUCAUGAAGUGCGACAUUGACAUACGCAAAGACCUCUACGCCAACAAUGUCCUUUCAGGUGGAACCACCAUGUACCCAGGUAUUGCUGAUCGCAUGCAGAAGGAAAUCACUGCCCUUGCUCCAAGCACCAUGAAGAUCAAAAUUAUUGCACCACCUGAGCGCAAAUACUCUGUCUGGAUUGGAGGUUCCAUCCUGGCUUCACUGUCCACCUUCCAGCAGAUGUGGAUCAGCAAGCAAGAGUAUGAUGAGGCUGGACCUUCUAUUGUCCACCGCAAGUGCUUCUAAAUGUGUUUAUGUGGUACAAUAUUCUUUAUUUUUAACGCUAUGCCUUAAAACUUAGACAUUACACAACUUGUGGACUGGAAACUAAAAAGGAGA